AAGUACAGUAGAAGAGAAUUGUUCAUUGAUUAGUGUAGUGUUGUGAGCGUGUGGAAUUGUGUGUUCGAAAAUAGAUAUAUUUGCGUGUAAUAACAGGGUGAAGUCGGAAGACUUCGUCUUUGUAGUGUGUGGUGAUGCAUUUGAGGAUUUAUUUCUUAUUACUUGGAACAUAUUUAGUUGUAUAUGCUGGAGCAGAAGAGCCUCAAAAUCAUUUAUCUUCACAAGAUGACAUAUUUAUUGAUGACGAUGCUGCACUGGAGGGAUCAGGUGCCGGCCAUGAGGUGAAAGAUGACUUAGAGUCCAGUGGAUCUGGCUAUGGGCCAGAUGAUGAGGAUGCUGAUGGGGGAUCAGGUGACAUAGUAUUUAACACUCUGCCACCAAAGAAACCUGUUGCACCAGUGACAGAAGUAAUAAAGGAAAGUGGAAGAAUUGCAGAUGUUGGUAGUGCUCCAUCGGAGAGUCCACGUAAUAUUGUUGGUUCUGGAGUAGAACCGGGUCGUGAAACUAAUCAUCAUACAGAAGAGGACAGUGGUGAUGGUAAUCACCAAGAAAGUGGUGUUGUCGUGGGUCCUAAAACUGAUGAAAGAGCAACGUCGUUUUUUGCUCAGCCAGGAAUUUUGGCAGCUGUUAUUGGUGGUGCAGUUGUGGGGCUGCUGUGUGCCAUUUUGGUGGUGAUGUUCAUAGUGUAUAGAAUGAGAAAGAAGGAUGAAGGAUCUUACGCUCUUGAUGAACCCAAGAGAUCACCAACUGCCAACUCGUACACAAAGAACUCAAAUCGUGAAUUUUAUGCCUGAAGUAAACAUUGAUUUUUGUUAAUAUAAAACAGAACACACAUACUUUAGAACAAAACAAAUUCAAGAAUAUCGCAUUUACAAAGAUCACGUAUUUCUUACUUAUUGGCCUGGGGGGAGGGGGGGGUGUCAAAGAAUCUUUCUCUUACCACAGAAUCUGAGAAAUGAACUCUAGUACAUUUCCCAUACUGAGAGAAAUAUAUAUAAAUGAGUCAAUGCCAUUCAUGAAGCAGGUAUCAGUAGAGCAGUGGUAAUAAAAUUGCUAAGGUAGAUGAAACAUGAUAGCCAAGUUGGAAAGCAAAGCAAGUACUGCCUGUUAGGUCUAAGACUGUUCCAAAUUGUGAAGGAAGUUUUGUUUUUCCUUUAGUUAUUAAUUUGGUUUAUAGAAUAGAAAGAUGUAGCAUUUUGUAUUAUUUGUUCAAACCUAAAUUUGAGCUUGGUAAAAUAAUUCCAUAUUGACAAUUACUUAUAUUUGACCUUCAAAUCAGUCAUUAUAACAAGUGUAAUUUGUUUUAUUUAAUAUAUUACAGGAAUUUGCUUCUUGAAUCACUAGUCUUAUCAUGAUUGAUUCAUGUAAAGUUUAUCUGUUAAUGUAGGCAUUUAAUAAUAAUGUCAUUGAAUUUGUCUAUUAAGAUAAUACAGUUUUAAGAGUGCUUCUAUAACAAAAUACAUUUAUUAUAUAUUCCUGGUAAUUAAAUGACACAUGUUACAAACACAAAUAAUUUACACAUACCACUGAUAAUGAAUAAUAGUGUGUUACAGCUGAAUGUGAAUCAUAGAAAGGUUUGGAUGAAACAUAUAUUGCCAUCACAUUAAGGUGGUUUGUGUUUAUGCUUGUGUUUCUUUCAUGUUCAUUGUGACAGGAACAUGUAGUGAAUAGUCUUCAAGAAAAUUUAUAUUUAAAAAUGUAUUGUUUGUAAUUCAGAGUAGUAAUAUAAUCAGAGAAGACUGUAAUACUUGUUAACUGUAAAAAAUAACUGUGGAAAUUGUUUAAAAGGUUUUUUUAAUAAUCUAAACAUAAUGUGCAGCUAUCAAUUAUGCACUUGUGAAAAAGUUUAAUUUUUCUAAUGCCAGUAUCUUAAUGCUCUUUUCAUUUGUAUUAAAUACAAAUGUUAAUGCUGCCAUUGAAACCUGUAGAAUGAUUCAUAUUUUAAUUUGCAGAUUCCUUGUUCUCAACUAGCAUAUUUAAAUGGGAAAUAAAACAGUUCUAAAAAUCGGUCAAAAGAAAUUUGCACUCUGCAUGAUAUAUUGUCAUGUUUUAACAACAGUUUAUUUUAUUACUUUCAUUUGAUAAUGUAAAUUUGAGUUGUUGUUAACCUAACUAACAACAUUUAUGUUUCUGUGGUCUGUUAGACAGACGAAAGUGCCGGUUGUGAGUUAAACGAUGAGACACUUACUUUUUUCCUUUAAAUUGUGUACCUGAUUACAGCACAUCCAUUCACAUUUUUGUGCUGCACUUCAAGAGCAAUGAUCUGUGACUUCAAGUACUUGAUGUGCCCUCAUGAAGAUUCUUUCUACCUGAAAAGUAUUAGAUUUUAUAACAUGCUGGUUUGAUCCAUGGUCAUAACAAAUAUGUUUUGGUUUCAAUUUUGUGAAAAAAUUUUAGUUGCAUCUUGCACAGAAUGAUACUUUAGAAUAUAUGAAAAUUUUUAAGACUUAGUUCACUAAUAUUAUUAAAUUAAUUGCUUUCCAUCCAUAUGUGUAUAAUAGAGUACAUACCAAAAAUACAUAUACCCAUGUUAUGUAUAAAUGUAUGUAUAUAAUUUAUAACAUAUAUUGUAUAUUAUACAUUUAAUAUAUAACAAAUAACAUAUCACUCUUGGGACAUAGUGCAAACCUUUGUUUUAAAAUCAAAUAUUUUGAAGGUUAUAACUACAUUCAUGUCUAAAACAAAGCUUAUAGCUACAUACACACAUAAAAUUAAGCUUGUAACUGUAUACAUGUCUGAAACAAAGCAUGUUUCUAUAUAGAUAUUUGAACGAGAGGAUGUAGCUACAAUAAUGCUCUGAAAUGAACCUUGUAGUUACAUCUGUGUUUGGAACUAUGCAUAUAACAAACUGCUUCAGGAAAAUUUGUCAAAAAUUUUCAUUUGCAAAAAAAAACUUUUUUGUUGUUUUUAAGUGUUUUAUGUAUAUAAAUGGUUGUACAUUUGUGUGUGGGCAUGCAGUUGUGUGUGCAAUUGUCAGUUGAAAAUGUGAAGUCCUCGCCAUUGUUUAUAGUAUAUAUAAAUGAAAGCACUAACCAGGACUGCCAUUUCAGCACUGGUGAUACUCUAGUUAAAAAUAAAAACAUUGCUCUGAACACACACAUUAAUGUUUAUUUUAAGCUGUUGUGUAGUAGCAUGCAUGGCAUUUUUGUGUGAAUGUUAACUCUUACUUCAUAGCAGCCAAGAAGAUCAUAAAAUGUGGUAUGAAAACAGAUUGUUGUUUUCAGGUGAGGUUCAGCACAAAAUAUGGACAAAAAACAUAUUUAAUGGUGUAAUAUUAAGUGCAUGUUUACACUACACAAAAACCUAGGUGCAGAGUUUCAAACACUGCUUUGUAAAGCACUGUUAACUUUUGUAUUGUGAAUAUAGCCAGCAAUAAUCAGUCACACAAGUGAUUGCUGCAAAAAGUUAUUAAAAAAAAUUUACACUAUAAAUAUUCAUUAUUAUUAACUCAUUAAAAAUCUUAUGUUUUGGCACUUUGCCGGUGCAACUAAACACUCCGCUAGCUACCUAUAUUAUUUUGUUAUACAUUAUACUAUUUCAUGUUAAUGUUUAGUUUCAGAUAGUUGUAAUUUAUUUGUUAUUAAUAUACAUGUCAUAACAGGAUUACUUUAAACUGUAUGUGGUACAAUUAUUUUUACAAUGUAUUUAGAUGUAUGUAAUGUGCCAUUUGCAGUGUUAAAUAAAUUACUUCUUUAUAUACA